CCACAUCAGAUCAAACAGAUUCAAUUUGUCGCGAGAACGUCCACUCUACUUUAAGACAGCAGUGUCAGCACACUGCACGGUCCGUUGACCUGGGACUGGCGGGCUACACCUCUCUUCCGUCAUUUCACGGCGCAGGCAGGCACACAGACACACAGACAGACGGACACCCCACACAUAAACACACUCAUACACAAACACAAACACACCGGGCCCUGACUAGGGAAGACACAAUCAGUUUCCACUGGCCACAGAACUGUCACUUCUCAUUAUAGCCUGCAAGACAGGAAGCAAGAUGCGCCUAUGUUGUACUUCUGAUGGGUGUGUAUUGGAUCACGGAGUCGCUUCCAGUCGGAGUUACUGCCCUUAUCCCCGUCCUGCUCUUCCCGACAAUGGGUAUCGCCGGCACAGACGCCGUGACGGGGAAGUAUUUCAACAACGUGAACAUGCUGUUUAUUGCUGGUCUCAUGAUGGCAGUUGGUAUCGAGUACUGGAAUCUACAUCGACGUAUCGCUCUGAGGAUUCUCCUGUUUGUCGGAUCCGAACCCAGGUGGCUGAUGGCGGGAAUGAUGAUAGCCACCUGGUUCCUGUCCAUGUGGAUCUCCAACACCGCAACAACUGCCAUGAUGGUGCCUAUCACGGAGGCCAUUUUGGUUCAGCUCAAAGGAGCAAGAAACACAAAACCUUCUGCGCGGUCCAAGAGUAUCAACGGAGACAUCGACAUGGAGAAAACGACAGAGCUCGAUGACGUCAGCAUCUCCAUAAAGCCACGACCAGUCGCUGAAGAGAAUCACGUAGACGAGAAGACCGAGUACGAACCGGAAGAGGAAGACGACCCCACCUUCACGCGCAUGUGCAAAGGCAUGUCUCUGUGUAUCUGCUACGCCGCCAACUCGGGAGGAAUUGCCAGUCUCACGGGGACCGGGCCCAACCUGGUGCUCAAGGGCGAGGCUGACGCGUUCGGCCAAGGUAUGAUUAUGUUCCUGUUCGUUCUGCUGGUGACACUGUGGAUCACACGAGACCUGGGCGGAGUGGUCGGCUGGGGACACUUGUUUACGCUCAAAGUGAAGGACUCGGUGCCGGCAGUCCUUGUCGCCAUCAUGCUGUUCGCCCUCCCCUCCACGCUGCCAUUUCUCAAGUCUUACAGCAACCCUUCCCACCCCGAGACUGACCAGAGCAACACACUUAAAGAUGGAUCCAAGUCACCGAUAAAAGAUGGCCCACUGGUGAUCAGACCUCUGCUCAACUGGAAAGUGGUCCACGAGCGACUGCCUUGGUCUUUGUUCCUUCUGCUGGGCGGAGGAUUCGCUCUCUCCCUGGGAUGUCAGGUCAAGGCUGGCUUCGUGAUGAACAUCCUGGCUGUCCCGAUCCUGGUCGGAAUGACUGCGACCGUCGGUGAUGCCAUCUUCGACUUCAGCAACAUCCCACCCGAGUUCUACAACAUCACCCUCUCCGGCGUGAUCUCGGACCACUAGACCAGUCCACCGGUCCUUCUGUCAGAUGUACUGAAACAAGCUGUUUUCUUGCUUUGUCGGCUUGUUUGGCAGAGACACAGAAAGAACAGAUUGAAAGUAAAGAAGUAGGAGCUACCAGUGGCGCCCUCAAGCCACCCGCUAUGCUCUUGCAAACGAUAUAUUGAGACGCAUUCAAUAAGUCUUUACCUCUUUACCCGGACUACGAAGGACGCCAGCCAAAAAUUUGAAAUUUGACUCUCAUAAUGCUAUUUUUCUACAUAGUCACCUUGCAAAUUAAUUUUUAGUUUUUAUAUUUUUGUUUGACCUUCAAAAGUCCUUGGGCACAAUAUGACUUUGGGUGGGACUCAAACCAUUCCUUCAGUGCAGAUAAUAUAUCAUUUUUAUAAUUAUGGAAACGCUGUACUUUGAGAACAUUUUUCGGAUUUGGGAAAA